UCCACAAAAACUUGUCUCCCCCCAAAAUCCCACUCUCAAAGAGUAAAAUUACCCUCUUCUCCCUCAUGGCUCUCAUUGCGGUUUCCCUGGUUGUCCUUCUUGCAAUGGCCUCUAAUGUCAAUGGCUACGGCACCGGAGGGUGGACCAAUGCUCACGCCACCUUCUACGGCGGCGGUGACGCCUCUGGCACGAUGGGUGGGGCUUGUGGUUAUGGGAAUUUGUAUAGUCAAGGGUAUGGUACAAACACUGCAGCGCUGAGUACUGCGCUGUUCAACAAUGGGUUGAGCUGUGGGUCUUGCUAUGCAAUUAGGUGUGUGGGUGACAAAUCUUGCCUGCCGGGCACUAUUCAGGUCACCGCCACUAACUUUUGCCCGCCGAACAACGGCCUCCCUAACAACGCCGGCGGGUGGUGCAACCCUCCCCUCCACCACUUUGACCUCUCUCAGCCCGUCUUCCAACACAUUGCCCAAUACAGAGCCGGCAUAGUCCCCGUCGCUUACAAAAGGGUGCCCUGUAAGAGAAGGGGAGGAAUAAGGUUUACAAUCAACGGCCACGCCUUCUUCAACUUGGUACUCGUCACCAAUGUGGGCGGCGCCGGCGACGUCCACUCGGUGGAGGUGAAGGGCUCAAGGACGGCGUGGCAGCCGAUGUCGAGGAACUGGGGGCAAAAUUGGCAAAGCAACGCCAACCUUAACGGCCAGGCUUUGUCGUUCAAGGUAACCACCAGCGACGGCCGCACCUUGGUGUCUAACAAUGUUGCCCCCGCCGGCUGGUCUUUCGGUCAAACCUACUCCGGCGCCCAAUUCCGUUGAAAACCGCCGCCAUUAAUUACCUCACAAAUGACAAAACUACCACCGAUUAAGCGUUUUAUUAUAGUAGGUGUGUCAGUAGUAGUAGUAGACUAGUAGUAUUGUGACCUGUAGUAUGGAGUCUAGGGUCAAAAUGGGAAGGCUAAGUUUAAAACAGCCUUCUCUGCAAUGGGUUUGUGGGGUGCCCUAGUUUAUAAAGGGUAUACCCAAUUCUUGAGGCCAGUGGUUUUUUGGCCCGUUUUUAUUUUUUAUUUUGUUGUUUUUCCUUCUAUUAUAAAAAUAGAAGGUGCCGUGGUGGAUUCUUUUACCACCCGCUGAUAUUAGGUUUAGUGAGUGCUUUUACUAUAUAGCUGGAAUCAUAUUUUUCUUUCUUCAAGCAUAUCUAUGUAGCUGGAGAAAGGCUGAUUUGUAUGGGGUUAUAAGUGUAAAUUUCUUAUUUUAUUAGUAAUGAUGAUGAGAAGCUUCUUAUUAUGUGCA